GGAUCCUCUUCGCUGCACAGGCAGCUGCUGCAGAUGCCAAGAAAGCAAGGAGCACUGUCCUCCUCCACGGCAUCCAGCUGCUGCUGUGUAUGCUUUUCAUCUUAUGAUAGACGGUAUGACAUAGUUGUUCCCAAAAAGGGUACUGGCAAUUCACUGUCGCGAUAUUUGUUCAGGUUCUGCCUCGACUCAUCAGUCCAGUUCUUUAUGGGCUAUGAGACAAGACAUUCAGGAAGUACCUGAAAAGAUAUCUGUUCUGUACAACUAGUGUUGCGCAUCCCGUCCAAUGGGAAUCCAGUGUUUGGAUUCAACUGAGAUCUCGCGUUGGCUUCAAGCAAGAUUUCGUCUCAAUAUUACAUCUAGGUGUGAAUUAACAGCUGUGUCGGCUUGGAGCCUUUCUACUGUCUGUUCUUUGUUUCUCAGUCAAGUUUCUUCGUGAAGGCUUUGGCCUUUCCAGGUAGGCCUGUCUUUUGUCCCUCACACGUGGUGAGGCUGGUCGAGGCCCAACAGUAAUUAACACCUCGUGUCUAGUUUGUUUAAUCCGUACUCAACCAAAAAAUUUAAAAAAGACAAUUAAUUUUUUUAUUCAUCCGUCCAACACUCCAGUUAUAGCACAGGUUGCCAGAUGUGGUAAGUGAGCACAGGUUUUAGCAUACGUCUCUGUACAAGAAACCAAAUGACGUAUUUCCUAAAAUGUGAAAGUAUUCCUUUGAAACGCACACAUCCCAACAUGAACACACACACACACACACACACACACACACACACACACACACACACACACAAUAUGAGCCAGCAUAAUCCUAUCCAAACAUAUCUUCCAUCAACAUAUAUAAGAUCAGUGUUGCAUCAACACCCACAGCAGACUGGUCUAUGAGACGUUCUGCUGGGUAGGUACAGUCUUGUCUUGCGUACUGCUUUUAUUGCAUUGGACUGAUACUGUAUGGAUUGCAAAUUACUGUGUUGUGUAUAUCAUUAUGUUAUAUUUCUGUAUGUAAUAUGUUUUAUGUAUCAUUUUUUUUCUGCGAUUUAGAUUUAUUAUUGACAAAUAUUGCUGCUUCUGUCACUCUGGGUGCAAAUUACACUUAAAUACACUAAAUGGGUUUUGUUUUGACAGAUAAUGAAGCAAUAAAAUGUAGAUUUUUCUAAAAAGGAAACCAAUUAGUUGUUCAUUUUAAGAGACCUGUCUUAUUUUCUCUUUUGCAUAUUUACUAUUGCUCUUUAGCAAAAGUGUUUCUUAUCCGAUUACUCGAUUAAUUGAUGGAAUAAUCGGUAGAAUACUCGAUUAGUAAAAUAAUCGAUCGCUGCAGCCCUAAUAUAAGACAUUAUGGGGAUAUGUGAAAAGGGACAUGCUGAUAAGCUAUCUGAAGCUUGAGAAUAGGGGCCCAGACACUAAGCAGAUAGUAAAAAUAUAUUAUAAAUGCUAACAUGUUGAAUGUUGAAAGAGUGCAUGUAUUAUACAGUAACAUUUACAACCUACAAAACACCUAAGACUAACCAAAGACCCAAAGAAACUAAAAACUAAGAAAACAACCUAAACCUAAAAAACUACUAGGAUAAAUUUUCUGUUAUAUUCAGUAAUAUGCGACACAAUACAGCGGUUGGUAGUGGUUCCUCUAAGGGGAUUGUGCUCAGCUAUUAUCUCAGACAAAGCAAACACUGAGUCCAGCUGUACCAUGUGCUCUGAAAUAGCUUCUAAACUUUCAGAAGAACUUGAACAGUUUGCGACGUAGCCUGAACAUACUCCACAAAGAUUGAUUUAUGAGUUUUCCUUAUUUUAUUUUUAUCUUUUAUUGUCAUGAAUUCUUUUUAAACUUGACACUUUGGAGGGCACUCUAUAAUCCAGAAGAUGAUCUAUGCUUAUUUCAGACAGGAUUUAGCCAUUUUAGAAAUGAACUUUUCAUCUGUCAACGGCACUUCAGCUGUAACCAGGAAUGAUCGGGACACCUUCGCCACAGCUGUGACCAAGAAUGUGAUUGUCACAGCCCUCUGCAUCUCCAUUAACUACAUCAAUGGUACUCUGGUCCACACUUUCAGAAAGCACCAGAUCUUCAAUUCAAACCCUCGUUACAUUCUGUUCAUCCACCUGGUGAUAAAUGACAUGACGCAGCUGGUCCUGACAACUCUUCUCCACAUCAUCAGCUACACCCUUCACACAAUCAGUGUACCCUUCUGCCUCAUCCUGCUGAUCAUUACCAUCCUCACCACCCUCAACACCCCACUAAACUUGGCUGGCAUGGCAGUCGAGUGCUACAUCGCCAUCUGCUUCCCCCUCCGUCAUGGACAGAUCUGUACCGUCAAGAAAACCUUUAUCCUGAUUGGUUUGAUCUGGGUUGCGAGCACAUUCUCUAUCCUACCAGAUGUCUUCAUCCUCCUGGCCAUGGAGCCGCUGCAGUUUUUUUACUCUAAAGUUUUAUGUGCCAGAGAUUACGUGUUCAGGAGCCCUUACGGCCUGAGGAAGAGGGAUGCUUCACACAUUGUCUGUCUUGUCCUGGUUUGGCUCACACUCCUCUACACUUACUUCAGGAUUCUGUUUAGUGCCAAGAAAGCAACGGUAGACAUUAAAAAAGCCAGAAACACUAUUCUCCUGCAUGGUUUUCAGUUGCUGUUAUGUAUGCUUACUUAUGUGAGCCACCUUUUUGAACAAGGUCUGCUCUACUUAUUGCCCAAACAGGUCCUGGCCAUACACUUUGCCUCCUAUAUCACUGUCCAGAUCCUGCCGCGGUUUAUUAGUCCCAUUGUCUACGGACUGCGAGACCAGACCUUCAGGACAUAUGUGAGAAGGCACCUGCUUUGUAAAAUAUAAGGUUACUAAUAUUACUACAAAUAAAUUCCAAUAAAUACUAUAGCUCAAAUUUUAAGUGAAUAUUUUCUCAUUUUUCAGGUUUCUUCUCAAAAAUGGUCACUGAUAUUAGUCCAAAAAAAUCUAAGAUACAUUUUGUAUAAAAUAUUUUGUAUGCUGUAAAACCAUCAGGACAGCAACUAUGGUAAGCAGAGGUUGAUUCACUGCAAUUUUAUGACAAGGUAUGCAAUUACUUAAUCAAAAGCUUCAAAUCAGUUAAUAAAUAAAACACUAUGAAUAAAAAAGACUUAAUACACAAGCAUGGCUCAUAUGUAAACAAAACAAAACAACAACUUUAAAUUUGUAUGCACUCCCCUAGAAGACAAAGUAAAGGAUUGACAUUGUGAUGGGGCUGAAAUAUGAAUUUCUGCUGAUAAUUACGUGUGAUAAUGCAGAGCCUGUUUGUAUCGUCUUGAGCACACACACACACACACACACACACACACACACACACACACACACACACACACACACACAGCAGUGUAACUUCAGAGGCCACGGAGGAGAGAAUGAAACUUUAGGUUAUAUUUUACUCGGGUUGACAACAGCAGCUCGGUGUCAUAAGUGCCACAAAGCGUAACAGUCAGAAAGACAGUACAAGCAAUUUAUCAAACACCUGUUGAACAAGCAGAACAUUAACUUGCACAAAUGUGACGUGUUCGACUGUUUUACUUGCAGUCAACUCCCAGUCAGCUACAUGAGGCUGAGAUCAGGAGGGUGAAUGAUGCCGCGGGGCUUUAAACCAGUUUACUGCAGCCUCUCUAAACGGUGGAGUCCAAGGGCUUUAGUUCACCACUAAUCAGCCCAACCGAAUGUAAAGUUAUCCUGAUGGGUUUUGUAGCCUAUACAUGCUCGUCAAUAAGGAGAUACGGUCUAAAAAUAUAGCCUUUAUUAUCUUCACAUUUUUACAUUUGUAAGAUUAAUAUUAUCUUAUCUGAAAUUCCGUAUCUCUGUAUCUCUAAUCCUGAUUACUUUGGUGAAAUGUCUCAACAGCUGUUGGAUGGAUUGCCAUGGUAGACAAUCCUCCUCCCCACAAGAUUCAUUGUAAUAACUUUGUGAUAAUUUUGACUUUUCGUCUAGCACCCCGAUCAAGUCCAAGGUUCAGUUUGUCCAACACGAAAUCCCUGCAAACUAAGAUAAUAGCAUGUUAAUAUUUCUAUUGUGUUUUUGUCUGUUUUGCUGCCAAAUUGCGAAAUAAAUGAUUUGAUAUCGUGUUA